UUUGUUUUUGUUUUUAUAGAUAGUUCAUUUACUUAUAAUAUAUUUUACAUAAUUAUACGUUUAUCUAAAAAAAUAUGUAACAAUGUCCAUAGAUUAGCGAUCUGUUAAGGCAGUAGAAAUGAAACGCCAUAUCCAAUCGAAUAUCAAACAGUUAGUUGGUGCCUACAAAGACGGCAUAAUUAACCCGCAAAAUGUAAUAGAUUAUAGUUUAGACGAUGCGGCAAAACUUAAAAUAUUAAAUGCUUUUGUAAGAUUGUGUCCAGAAGCUGCAUUUCAUCAAGCAAAAGAAUCUACAUUUCGUUAUCAAAAUAAGCAAGAAAAAAGCUAUCUAGAUGGUGUCCCAAUUGCGGUUAAAGACAAUUUUUGUACAAAAGAUAUUCAUACCACAUGUGCAUCAAAAAUGCUUCAAGAUUUCAUACCGCCAUAUAAUGCAACGGUAUGUGAAAAACUGUUCAAUUCUGGGGCGAUUCUGGUAGGAAAAACGAAUCUUGAUCAAUUCGGAAUGGGCUCAGGAACUGUAGAUUCAAUAUUUGGCCCAACCAAAAAUAUUUGGAGUGAAGAUUUAACAAGCAAUAUGUGGAGAAUUGCGGGAGGUAGCUCUGGAGGAUCUGCUACAGCGGUUGCUGCAGGAAUUGUUUUUGGUGCCUUAGGCUCUGACACCGGUGGAUCUACAAGGAAUCCAGCUUCAUAUUGUGGUGUUAUUGGUUAUAAACCUUCUUAUGGAUUACUUUCACGACAUGGGUUAAUCCCUUUAGUAAAUUCAAUGGAUGUUCCAGGUAUCAUUACAAGAACAGUAAAUGACUGCAGUUUAAUUCUUAACGCAGUUGCUGGCCCUUGCAAAUAUGAUUCAACAACUGUAAAAAAAGAGUUUAACCCAUUCAUUUUGGAAGAUGAAAUUUCAGUUUCAGGAAUUAAAAUAGGAAUUCCAGAAGAAUACAACUGUGAAGGCUUAUCAGAAGAUGUAAAAGAAACCUGGAUAAAAAUAGCCGAUUUAUUAGAAAAUGAAGGAGCCAUUGUAAAGAAAGUGUCCUUACCUCAUACAGAAGCUUCUAUUUUUGUUUAUUCCAUUUUAAAUCAGUGUGAGGUUAGCAGUAAUAUGGCUCGAUAUGAUGGUAUCGAAUAUGGUCAUCGCGCUGAAGACGAAUCUAGUACGGAACAAUUAUAUGCAAAAAGUCGUGCUGAAGGAUUUAAUACAGUAGUUAAAACAAGAAUCUUAGCUGGCAAUUACUUUCUCUUACGAAGAAAUUAUGAAAAAUAUUUUUUAAAAGCUUUGAAAGUUCGUAGACUUAUAGCAGAUGAUUUUAAAAAAGUUUUCAAUAAUGAAAACGGGGUUGAUGUAUUAUUAACCCCAACAACUCUAUCAGAUGCUCCACUUUACACAGAUUUCAUUAAGUCUUCUAAUAGAGAUCAAUGUGCUGUACAAGAUUAUUGUACUCAACCAGCAAAUAUGUCUGGUAUUCCAGCUAUUAACGUUCCAAUACGUCUAUCUUCAAGAGGUUUACCAAUUGGUUUGCAAUUAAUGAGCGAUAAUUUUAAUGAUCAGUUUUUAUUAACAAUAGCUAAAUGGAUAGAAUCACAAGUUAAUUUUGAUUGUUUAGAAAAUAACCAAAUUUACGCAGCAAGAACCUAACUACAAAAUUUUGAAAAUGUAAAUAUAAAUAAGCCUUCUAAGUCAUCAAAUACACAUAGUUUAGAAUAAAUACUAAAUAUUUAUUUUUGUUCUUAGAGUGUUGUACAUUGAAUAUCAAAGAAACUAACAUUACAAAAUAAAUUACCU